CGAACUUGCAGACGAACCCAACCGCUCCCCCGUCGCCAUCCGCGCCGUCGUCCUACGGCCCCAUCGCCCUCCGCCUCCAGCGCGUCCCGCCAGCCCUGCUCAUCCGUCCGCAGGUCACCUCGCCCGGCGCCUCCUGGCACCGGAGUCGCCCCUCCAGCCAAGGUGGUCGGUCAAAUGGCUUCAGCCAUCAUGUUUCGGCGUCUUUCCAAGACACUCGCCAUGAGCCCAGCAGCAGCAGUGGCAUCUGGUAUGACCAGCCAGCAUCACCAGCUUCAGCAGCGUGCACCAGUGAGCGGCACAUCCAAGGGCAAGGCAAAGCUCAAAGCUGGGAUGCCUCUGAGGCGCAGCGUUAUAGCAAAGAAGGGGGGCGCGCCUGCCACUGCUGGGAGCGGCGGCGCUGGCCGUGGUCACCGUGAAGCGAUCGAGCGGAUUACUCAGAUUGCAGAGUCUUGUCUGAAGUCCUCUACUCCUCUACGACACCUGUCCCCCAAGGAGCGUCUUCGCGAGGCGAAGCGUGAGGAGCUUGGGCUCAUCCCCAAGGAACGGCAACGUGAGCUUGAUAUGGCCAAGGCUAAAGCUAAAGCCAAGUCCAAGGGUGCCAGUGGAGGUGAUGGUGACCGUGUUCUGAUGGGUCCACCAGGCCUUGACUAUAUCAGUCUUGGUCUUGUAGAUGAGGAGGCUAUCCCUGAGUAUGAGCUGACAGUCGAAGAUGGCCGGCGUCUUGCCAAAGAAUACAGCCGUGUGCUAAUGCGACGGCACCGUGCACGUCAAACGGCAGAGUCGACUCUCUUGAGGCUCAAGAAGAAGGCCAUUGCUGCGCUCCCUGAGAAGCUGCGAGCUGCUGCUAUGGUUCCUGACAUGACGCCAUUCCCUGCAAACCGCUACAUGGCAACGCUCACGCCACCCAUUGAAGGGUAUAUUGAAAAGGUGCGAGACGCUGCCAAGAAGUAUUCUGUGAAGGAGAAACUUCGCUGAGUUCAUUUGAUUCAACAAGGGAGGAAAGAGUCUUCUCCAUAUAAGGCGCUGAGAGUUCAGAUGCUUUCUUAUUCUCCAUUAAUUCUUGGCCUGUCUAGGUCUGAUGACUACUUUGUGCUGUUUUGGCCUGUGAUAAUCAGAUUCUGGUAAUAAGACAUCGCUUUUUUUUUUU